CCCCACCCCAACUUUGGAGAAGUUCUUGUGCGGGGCCCUGAUUGGCUGUGGCAAACACUCAGCCGCCUCCUGAUUGGUGUUUGCGCUACUUCCGUGUUGUCAGUCAGCCGCGGCCCCUCCCCUCACACAUCUGUAGCCGAGGGGCUGCUCCGGGACCAGAGGCUCCGCAGCGGGGGAGAGAUGAGCUGAACCCGGGCGUCUUCUCCACGGUGACUGUCGAAACCCAGCCAGUGUCGGUGCGUGGAGCGGAUCAAUGGGACCUGCUGUGAUAGCUGAACUCGGGUGUGACCGUGUCUGAGGAGCGGGGAGACAUUUCGUUGUGUUUUCGCAGAGUGAGGAGGAAAAAAAGUUUUUAAAAAAUCUGGUCCCGGUGCGAAGUCCACGUUUCCUCGCUGCCAAGUUUGUCAACGACCGUGAUUCUUCGGUUUUAAUUUGGAGAUCACGUCUGUGUGCGGUGGGGUCGGUGGAGCUGUGUCGUUUCGCUGCCCCACACUCGGCUCCGUUCAGCGGCAUGUCUGACAAGUGCGUCGUGUAACCAGUUCAUCCAGCUGUGCGGGGAGUUUCGGCUCCUGUUUGAUUCACUUCCACCGGCUCCUCGACUGCACCUCCGGUAAAAGACACUUCACCACAAUGGCCGGUUUGAGCAACGUCCACAUGAAAACCCUGGAGGACCUGACCCUGGACUCGGGCUACGGCGCGGGGGACUCGUGUAAAUCCCUCAGCCUGUCCUCCUCCAAGUCCAACUCCCAGGCGUUCAUGACGGCCCCACACCGGGGCAACUGGUGGUACUACUCCGGCUCCAUGAACAGCAGGAACAACAGCUGGGACACGGUCAACACGGUCCUGCCCGAGGACCCGGAGGACAUCUUCUCCAAGUGCCCCCGCUUACCUGAGCUGGAAGAGUUCCCCUGGACCGAGGAAGAAGUGGCCAAGAUACUUCGCAAAGUGGCCGCGAGUGGGAGCGUCAAGGGCGGACCCGCACCCGUGUUCUCCCCGGAGGCCGUGCGGAGGCUGUCCGGUCUCCUGCGGAGGGCUCUGAUCCGCAUCUCCAGAGAGGCGCAGCGGCUCAGCGUCAUGCACUGCCGCUGCACGCGCUUCGAGGUGCAGAGCGCCAUGAGGCUGGUGCUCAGCUGGGCCCUGGCCGACCACUGCGUCUCCGCGACGGUCAAAGCGAUCUCCAUGUACAGCAUGAGCGCCGGGGAGCUGCUGAGGAAGGGCAAGUCAGCCCGGUGCGGCCUCUCCUUCUCCGUGGGACGCUUCUUCCGCUGGAUGGUGGACACCCGCAUUUCCGUGCGCAUCCACGAGUACGCGGCUAUAUGUCUGACUUCAUGCAUGGAGGCUCUGGUGGAGGAGGCAGGAGCUCGGGUGCUGUCAGCCGAGAGGAGUCACUCGGGGCCGGACGCCGGGUCAGGUGGCGCCCCGGUGAGCGCAGAGGCUCUGGAGGUGAUUGUGAACAAUGACGCAGAGCUGUGGGGGGUCCUGCAGCUCUAUGAGCACCUGAUCUGCGGGAAGAACGCCAAUGGUGUUUUGUCUCUUCCGGCCCAUUUCAGCCCGUACACAGAGAACCAGCAGACGUCUGUGGACAGCAGGGAGGAUGCCUAUGCCCAACUGGAGCUGAGGACGCUGGAACAGUCCCUGCUUGCUACCUGUGUGGGCAGCAUCUCUGAACUGAGUGACUUGGUUUCCCGUGCAAUGCACCACAUGCAGCGUCUGAGCUCAGUGCGCCCGGGGCUGAGUCCAGCUCGCCACGCCCGUCCCCAGCAGCCCGUGUCCUGGUCGCCUGAUGCCCUCCACACCCUUUACUACUUCCUGCGCUGCCCACAAAUGGAGUCCAUGGAGAAUCCCAACCUAGAUCCCCCACGCAUGGCACUUAGCAAAGAGAGGCCGUUCCUGCUGCUGCCGCCGCUGAUGGAGUGGAUGAGAGUGGCCAUAGUUCACGCUGAGCAUCGCAAGAGUCUGCUGGUGGACAGUGACGAUGUCAGACAGACCGCACGUCUUCUCCUGCCAGGACUGGACUGUGAACCGAGACAGCUGAAGCCAGAGUGUUGCUUCAGCUCCUUCAAACGUCUGGACUCCAAAGCCGCCACAGACAAGUUCCACCUAGAUUUAGGCUUUCGGAUGCUCAACUGUGGGCGCACGGACCUCAUAGGCCAAGCCAUCGACCUGCUGGGGCCGGACGGGGUCAACAGCAUGGACGACCAGGGAAUGACUCCUCUGAUGUAUGCGUGUGCAGCUGGAGAUGAGGCCUUGGUCCAGAUGUUGAUCGAUGCAGGGGCCAACCUCGAUGUGGCGGUUCCUCCUUGCUCCCCAAAGCACCCCUCUGUGCAUCCUGAUAGUCGACACUGGGCAGCCCUCACCUUCGCAGUGCUGCAUGGACACAUCUCCGUUGUGCAGCUCCUUUUGGAUGCAGGGGCCAAUGUGGAGGGGGCCGCGGUCCGCAACGGACAGGAGAGCACGGCAGACACUCCGCUGCAGCUGGCCUCAGCAGCAGGCAACUACGAGAUGGUGAGUUUGCUUCUGGCCCGGGGCGCUGACCCCUUAUCGAAGAUCCACGAUGGAAAUGCCCUCACGUCGUCGCUCUAUGAAGACAUGAACUGCUUCAGUCACGCCGCCGCACACGGACACAGGAACGUGCUGAGAAAGCUACUGACUCAGCCGCAGCAAGUCAAAGAGGACGUCCUGUCUCUGGAGGAGAUCUUGGCUGAGGGGGUGGAGGGUGAGGAGGCCGGGGUCUGCCCUUUCCUCCCUCUCUCGCCGCUCCCUACUCCUUCUUCUUCUUCUUCCGGCCCGGGGGCUCUGCCAGAGGUGGGCAUCCCCAGGCUCUGCAAGGCCAGGAUGAAGGCUCUGCAAGAGGCCAGCUAUUACAGCGCUGAGCACGGCUACCUGGACGUCACCAUGGAGCUACGAGCUAUGGGCGUUCCAUGGAAACUCCACGUGUGGCUGGAAUCUCUGCGUUGUGCUCAGCAGCAGUCGAGGGCAGGGGUCACCCUCUCCCUCCUCAGAGAGUUCACCACCAUCAGAGAGGAGGACUACUGUGAGGAGCUGGUCACCGUGGGCCUGCCACUCAUGUUCAAUAUCCUGCGUACCACCAAGAAUGAUGCCAUUAUCCAGCAGUUGGCGGCUAUUUUCAGUCACUGUUUUGGCCCAGCGCCGCUUCCCUCCGUCCCCGAGAUGAAGGCGACUCUUUCAGCUCAGUUGGACCCUCACUUCCUGAAUAACCAGGAGAUGUCAGACGUGACGUUUGUGGUGGAGGGGAAACCGUUCUACGGCCACAGGGUGCUGCUGAUCACUGCCUCUGACAGAUUUAAGUCUCUGCUGGCGUCUUCCGGAUCAGACGGAAGCCCCAACAAGGAGGUUGAGAUCGGUGACGUCAAGUACAACAUUUUCCAGAUGAUGAUGUCGUACCUGUACUGCGGAGGAACAGAGUCACUGAGGACUAAUGUGGCCGACUUGCUGGAGUUGUUGUCGAUGGCGAGUCUGUUCCACCUGGGGGCGUUACAAAGACACUGUGAACUCAUCUGCUCUCGUCACAUCAACCUGGAUAACGCAGUCAGCAUCUACAAGACAGCAAAGGCCUAUGGUUCACUGGAGCUGAGCUCGUUCUGUGAAGGUUACUUCUUACAGCAGAUGCCUGCUCUGCUGGAGAGAGAGGGCUUUAGGAGCCUGCUGCUGGGACCCCCCGGGGCCCGACAAGGGAACAACCCCACUUCUACGCUGGUUCACAGCCGGGGAGACUCACCUCUGGAGGAGCUGGAGGCCACGCUGGCUCGACGCCUGCGCUCUCUCUACGUCACCUCCCGAGUCUGAGGAGAACACGAUGCACACAGAGGAGAAGAGGAGGGAAAAUGUGGCAGCGGAAGUUUCAUUAUAUCACUGGUUCUGGAUCAGAUCUGUCGAGAGAUGUCCCCAUGGUUGAAGUACAGAUGUUUUCUUAGUAACAUCUGAUCCUGGCCCGAGCAACAAGCAGUUUCCACAGCUCUCUGACGCUGGGACACGGUCCAGUGACAUGUUGCUCUGUGGACAAAGAAUAUUUGGUGCCAUCGCUCCAUGUUGACUUUAUUGUACAGCAUGUUUACGAAGAAGAAAGAUGGACGAUGUGACGCUUUGCUCUUCGACUCGAGAAGCUUCAACAGAAGCAAACAGGUGGCCCCUCUGGAUCAUGAAACACUGCUGCCCUCUAAUGGACAAAACUGGCAAAACAAACCUCUGCCUUGGAGCAUUGGGAUCAGUGGCUGAUCUGGUUCUGACUGAAGCUAAGCCACGUGUUUAUAGACUGAAGCAUCUCCUGUGAGACAGCCAUGCUGGACUUUUGGCUUUGUCCUAUUUCUAAUUAUGCAGAGUUGGGAGGACGGAGGCACUGCGCCUCCUGCAUUGACGUGAACUCUGGAUAAACAAAUGUACUUUUUCUAAGACCGUUUUUUUAUUUUCUGUUUUGUUUUGAAAGUACGACCAGAGAAACACAACACUUGAAGAGUGGGAUGGACAUUUUCUAUUUAAUGAGAGAAAAAAAAAAAGAUGUGAGAGUAUUUAACGGGGGUGUUCCCUUUUUAUUUUGUUUGUAAUCCAAGCUAAUUAUUAAUAUUGUUUCAAAAAAAGUAGCUUUUGUGUAGCUGAGGUUUUUCCAGGUACACUAACCUUUUAAUUAAGCUUAUAUAUCUAUGCUGAGGUUUAAUGCUUCUACACAGGUACAGCAGAAGAAUCCAACGACAGAGAAUCUGUUUUAAUGCUGAUUAUCGUAAUAAACCUGGUG